AUGGAAUACAGGAUCAUACUAAAAAUAACAUGUGCAUAAAACCAAAGUGAAAACAAUUGUCUGAGACGGUGGAUUUCUUCUGAAACCAUCAAACUCCACCUUUCCUAGUGCCACUCUUUUCUCUUUCUUGGCUUCAACAUACUUUUGUUAAUCAAACUACUCUUUCACCAGCCCAUUAUAUAUAUGAAUCCAACUUCAUACACUCUUCAUUCGAAACUACACCAGUUUUGUAUAUUCACUUGCUUACAUUGUCACCUUUUGUUCAACUAAUUCAAUUCAAUCUUCGAAGAUGGCACAGAGAAAUGUUGCUGCUAACUCUUCUCUUGAGAAAACCAGUUUGGCUUAUCUAGAUCAGAGGAUGGCCAUGGCCAAACGCUGUUCUCAUCAAGGUGUGAUGGCUGGAGCUAAGGCAGCUGUUGUCGCUACUAUCGCCACUGCCAUUCCAACUCUGGCUAGUGUUAGGAUGCUACCUUGGGCAAGAGCCAACCUCAAUCACACUGCACAAGCUCUUAUAAUUUCAACAGUGGCUGGAGCAGCAUAUUUCAUAGUAGCUGACAAGACUGUCUUGGCAACUGCAAGAAAGAACUCCUUCAACCGACCCUCCAAUGCAUGAAUUCCAAACGCAUCAUAACUUAGGAUCGUGGUUUCGGAUGCAUUGGUUGGUCUUUGAUUCUUAGUAAACAUUAAGCUAGUUUCAUCAUGUACUUUUCACAUAUGUACUUAUAAAUAAAUAAUAAUUUGCACCUCAAUAGUGAGAGAGCUAUUAUGUACUACCAGUCAAUCGUAAUCAUAGUUAAUUAUAAGAAUGCAAAUAAGUAACUUCUCUUUC